UACAAGAUCCUUAUUCUAGAAGGUAUGUGAAAGCUGCUGCCUCUCAGAUGUUUCCAAUAUGGCAUAACUUAAAAAGAAGAAAGUUAAAAGAACACACCAGGGACAAAUUGCUCAGCUGCAGAACUUUUGGCUUAUUUUCCCCAGCUCUUCACGACGACUGUUAGCAGCUCCACAAAUACAGGGGACAAAUUUUUGGGGUCUGACAGCAGCAGCACCCAGAGCCGGGCAGUUUUCUUCUGACCAGAGCACAGAAGCAAAGCUGGUGGAGAUGUGCGAGGACACAGAGCGCAUCCAGUUGCCCGGCAUCGUUGCGGUGAUGGAAAGCAGCAAUAAAACUGACAGAGCUGGGAGCACUCAAAGCAACACCAAGAGCUGCGUAUUACAAGUUCCCGAGUCAGAUGCUGUUAUGUGCUGUGCUGAUCAUACGCUCAGUGUCAGCGCCACUUACGCAUCGUGCUCUUGGGGAAAUAAUGGCCAUCAAAAAAACCUCAGCUGCUGUGCUCUGGAAGGGCAGAACGAAGCUGUAUUUAUUUAUUUAUCUAGUGCUGAGACAAUUGAGGCUCUACGGAGAAAUUUGUCUCUCGUUUAGUGAAAAGGCGAGGGAAGGCACAAGGGGGAGAAUCUCCUGUAUCUUGUUCUGGAGUGACCUCGUCUGGCAGCUGCCUGUAACGGUGCUGGUGGUGCUGGUGGUGCUGGUGAUGCUGGUGGUGCUGGUGAUGCUGGUGGUGCUGGUGAUGCUGGUGAUGCUGGUGGUGCUGGUGAUGCUGGUGAUGCUGGUGAUGCUGGUGAUGCUGGUGAUGCUGGUGAUGCUGGUGAUGCUGGUGAUGCUGGUGAUGCUGGUGCUGAGGAGCCUCAGCUGGGCUGCACCCACUGAUUGCAGCAUGCACCAGGCAGGACUGGGGCUGCCGACUGUGACCCUCCCGUCAUUUUGUGCUUUUGCUGCUCUUAGGGGCAUUUUUCUUCUGUUGCUGUGUGCCUGCACACCUCCAUCCAGGGCAGGGGAAAAGGAAACCACUCCUGGGGGCACCUGUGCAGGAUUCUCCCCUCCUUUACUGCUCAGGGAGGGCAAUGGAGGAGAGAGGAAGGGAGCAUCAUUAAAACCAAAAGCAAUCAAUCAAACAAGCAAACAAAACCAGUUCCACGCGUGUCUCCCGAUGGGGAUGCGGAUUUCUUUCAGCAUUAAUUUUCGUGAUUCUGCUCGGCCACCUGGAGGUGCCCAGGUCCCGCGGUCAGGAUCUGGCCCCCGGCUGUGCAGGGACGAGCACCAGAGGGCACCAUGCGCACGGCGAGGAGCCCGGGUGGCUUUUGGAAAUGCCACUUUUUGCAGGGCUCUGGGCUCUUCAGCUGCAUUCAUCUCCUUAAACUUGAUCUUCCAGGGAUGAGCAUGCAGCAGGAGGAACUGCGUGCACGUCUGUCUGUAAGGAAGAACUCGGGGGAGACUAAGAAACAACUUGGUUUAACGUGAAAUAUUCCUCCUUGCUCCAAUUCUUCAUCGCUAACCCUGCCUUUACAGCAUCCAGGAGUGACUUGCAGCAGGAAUUAUUUUGCCCUUCGUUAAGGAGCUAGGACAGAAGGCUGCCUUCUGAAAAUUGCUUAUCGCUGCCCGAUUCACUUCGGGAGCCUUCAUCCAGGAUGAGGAGAAGUUACAGACUGAGUUCCCGGCGUGUUGUGGGUUUAGGACACCCGAAGUGCGAGAGAUUCCAGAAAUUUGGGCUGCUUAGAGCUGACUUUUAGGGGAUCCUACCAGCUGAGCCCAUCAACCUCCGAGGUUUUUAAUUUUGCAGAAUAUCUUGCGGCUCCAUCCCCAGUGUCAGACGCAGCCCAAAUGCGUGGUAGGAGGUGCGGAAAGGAGCAGCUGGGAGGGCGCUUCCACUUUUUUUUUCGGCUCCCAGACAAAUGGCACCGGGUCCAGCGUCCUCUGCCCGUGCCAGCUGAGAGGUCAGCGACCAGAAAGCUCUACUUCAGGGAACAAGCGCGGCAGUGUGCAGCGCAUGAAAGACCUUAUUCAUGGAGCAGCCUGGAGGGGCUUGUACUGCAUUGUCUGUAAUGGAGCACGCAAGCAGAAUCCCAGCCACUGGGUGAAAAGGGGGUUGGUUCAGGUGGAUGCGACGACCUUGGAAUCCCAAUGUUUCGAUGGACACGAGCACCCCAGCAUCCCCGGAGUAUUUCCACGCAUCUGAUGAGAGAGCCCUAGAAAAUACCUGGAAGUGCUGGAGCGUGGUUCAAAACUUCAGAUACUGACUGCUGAGUUAAUCAGGGAAAUGAUAGGUUAAAAGCAGUGAGUGGGAGUGACAAUUGCAGCACAAGUGUUGCCACACGCAUCCUUGUCCACUCCUUUGUGUCUCCCGUGAAUAGGCUCGCCAUUUCGCUUAA